AUGGAGGGAGCAGCGGUGGUCCCGGCCCAGAGGAGCCCUUCAGCGCCACAAUAUAACCUGUCCAGUGCUACCUUGGCCUUCGACCAGCACUUCACCACGACUGCCAAAGGAAUCCUCCUCCUGGCUGAAAUAGUCUGUGGUCUGUUAGUGUGGAUUCUGGUUGGAGGCACAGAUUAUUUUCGUGUCUCUGCUCUCUGCUGGGUGAUGUUUGUGACCGUCUUGUGCUGGUUUCUGACCAUCUGCCUGUUCAUCAUUUACCUUACUGGAGUCCACAACAGGAUACCUCAGGUCCCCUGGACUACAGUGGCUCUGUGUUUUAACAGCAGUGCUACAGUGCUGUAUCUGGUGACAGCAUCAGUCGAGGCUUUCUUCGUCAGCCAGGCCAUUAGGGGGCGCCACAACUACAACAGCUGGGCAGCAUCUACAUUCUUUGCGUUUCUGAGCACACUGUGCUACGCGGGGAGCAGCUGCCUGAGCUACUGGGCCUGGAGAGCUGCAGAGGAGAAGCACUAGUCCCCUCACCUCCUGUUUGAUGAUGACGGACUUCAAACUGCCUCUGGACAAAGUGUCCAACAGAGAGCAAUCAAACCUAAGACCAAGGAAAAGAUCACGUCUCUUUUAGGGUAGUCAAAGCAAAAUGUGUACACAAAGUUAAAUGUAUU